UCUCUCCGCUUUACCAAAUAUCCCUCUUUCUCUCUCUCUCAAAUCAUCACCCCUUUCUAAAAUAUCUCCCUCUUCGUUCGCUCUGGGAGAUCGCCAUGGCCGAAAUUCGUCGAUCUCAUCGCUGAACUCGUCGCUAAUCUCUUCACCGUUUUCCGAUCUCAUCGUCUCCGAUCUCAACUCUGAUUUCGUCGUCGAUCUCGUAACUAAUCUCUUCGUCGAGCUGCUGGUCUCGUCUCCGAUCUCAUCUGCGAUAUAGGUCGUCGAGCUCGCAGCUAAUCCGUCUCCGAUCUCACUCUCCUUUGGACUCUCAGGCACAAGACGAGAUUACAUAUUGGACAGCUAGUGAAAGAUACAUCAGCAAAGCUUAAACAAGCUAGUGAAAACGAUCACCGUGUUGAAGUUAACGGAUGAGGUGGCUAUGAUCAGCCAUUGUCGUCGAGAAAAUCAAGAUGCGAUCACAGGUUAAUGGCGAAGAAGGUUUCCCAGAAAUGAUAAAAGCCAUGUCUGGUAACAAUUUAACUCUACAAGUCAGGUAUUGUCUUGAAGAAAGCAAGAAAGAUUGGGAAAGGAAAGGAUGAAAGAAAUUUUCCAGUAGGGUCUACUGUAGACACCCUUGUUGUGUUUUUAGUUGACCUCGUUCAAGUUGUUGUGAAGGAUUUUCUACUUCCAGCAGAGGGGAUGUCUACUAGUGCUGCGUCUGAUGCAAUUGCAUCUGGAACCAUCUCAGUUUCAGAAAAAGCAUCAGAGCAGUCAGUAUCUUCUGAUAGUUCUCCCUCAGGUCAGGUUGGGGAUGAUAUGCCAAAGGGAGAAGGAACUUCUUGCAACCAUGUUGAUGAGGCUUCUGAAACAAAGCAAAUAGAAUGUAAAGUUCAUCCUAUGCCUCCUAGCAAUGUUGAUUCUCUUCAGCUGGACUUUGUUGAUGAUACUCAUACUGCGAAUGCAUCAAAUGAGCCCAGCAAGCCAGAUUAUCAGCCGGAGAGCAUAUCUACCAAUUCAAGGAAUUAUCCCUCACUAGAUACCCAAGCUUCAGCUGUUUGCCGUCAUUCUUCUUCGGUUUCAAAUAGUAGAACCUCUUCAUGCACCGGUCUUUCAACAUCGCCUAACGUGUCAUAUUCCCAAAACAACUCAUCUUGCAAACCAACAAAGGAAUUCAAACUCAACCCUGGAGCAAAAGUUUUCUCUCCGAUGUCUGCUAAUGCUAGAUUGUCACCUACAUCUGUACCAACCAAUACAAAUGCAGGCUAUAUAACAAGUUACCCUCCUGCAAUCCCAAUCGCUGCUGUACAAUCCGGAGUUCAAAAUAACUCCUUUGCUAGUCGCUCAACUCCUGCAAAGUUGGUCCAGUAUGAUGGCUUAGUCACUGGGCAUGGUGCAGCCCCUGUUCAAUAUUCUCGACCUGUGCGUAUGUUUAGCAUGGUCCUUGGACAUGCUAAUGCUUGGCAGCAACCAGUUAGAUUGAGUGGGCAACAUCAUCCUGUUCAAGCACUACCAACAUAUAUGCAGCCAACAUCACAAAUGGUUAUGAUUGGGAGGACAGGUCAGCUGGUGUAUUUGCAUCCUGUUGCUCAAGAUGUAACCCAAGGAGCACCGGUUUUGUCACAAGGAUCACCAUACCCACUGUUGAACCCAUGUCAAACCAAUCUGCCAAAGAUUCAAGGUGCUUUAGCUGCUCCUUUUCAGCUCAGCUUGGCCCCACCGCUUGUAACGGCUCCAGCCGCUCACAGUGCAUGGCCACAUUCCGUUAUCUCAAUCGUUCCCUCCUGUUAGGCCCCUUCUGGUCCCUGCUAGCAGUUGUUUUGGCAGCAAGUUACAGUGAACUUGAUCCAGAGUAAAUAAUGGCUUCUACGGGGAUUUUUGAUUCAGAUAUAAAACUCAGGAGACUUCACCUUUUUGAUCAAGUGAAGUGUUCCAAGCUUUGAUCUUAUUUGAAUUCAGAUGUUUCUAUUGAUUAUUAUAAGAUAUUUUGUAUGGAUAGACUUCAUUGUGGACCUAUUGGUGCAAUGAAUAACCGAAAUGAAAAAUUGGGCUGCAGAUUAUAUAGCUAUAGUUAUGAAUCUCAAGUUUGAAUCU